AUGGCAGACUCAGUCGAUCGGGUGUUUGUGCACGCGCUAAACACGGUCAAGAAGAUCCCAAAGACUGGCGCAUCACGGCCGCCGCCCUCGGACCGGCUGCGGCUCUAUGGCUUGUACAAGCAAGCGAUGGAGGGGGACGUCGACGGCGUGAUGGAGCGGCCCUCGACCUCGGCCCUCGGCGUCAGCUCCGAGGAGCUGCAGCGCGAGAAGGAUAAGUGGGACGCCUGGAACGCCCAGCGCGGACUGAGCCGGACAGAGGCAAAACGACGCUACAUCGAGGCCCUCAUCGAGACCAUGCACCGCUAUGCGACGACGCCGGACGCCCGGGAGCUGGUCGCCGAGCUCGAGUUCGUUUGGAACCAGAUCAAGAGUAACAGUCCGAGUACGAGCGAGUCGAGCCCCAAGGGCAAGUCGGCUGAGCCGGCGAGGAGGUUUGCCCAGCCUAUGAGCGGGACGGAGGGGCCUAUGAAAGUCCUGAGUCCUAUGAGCGAGGAUGAUGCCGCUGAGAGGGCAUAUAGGGAACUACAAGACGAUGAAGACGAAGAAGGCGAAUACCUCAAGAAAGGCGACAAGUGGUCACGCAAAGUAGAAAGGGCGCUCGUCCGAUUAUCUACCGAGAUCGCGGCUUUGAGAGAACAAAUCACAACAGGAAGAGAAUGGAGGUCGAAAAAGGAGAGAACCCCCAGGGCUUGGCUGUCGUGGCUCUUUUGGACAACCCUCAAACACCUCGUUACUGACUCGUUCGUAUUACUCGUGGUGCUCAUUUGGAUGCGCCGGCGGAAGGACAGAAGACUGGAGGACUUGUUCAGGUCGGCAUUAACGAUCGGUAGAGAAUAUGUGCGGAAGGUCUUACCGUCAAGAUGA